AUGACUGUGAAGGACGAUGGCGCAAAACGCAAGGCUGAGGAGGAGCCUUCGUCCCCCUCAGCAUCGAAGCGCAUCAAGCAGGACCAGGAUGCCACCGAGGAGGUCGACAGAAAGGCCAUGAAACCAAUCCCAUUCCCAGAGAAGCCGGCCGUCAUCGAAGAACGAAAUGGCGAAAUAGAAUUCCGCGUGGUGAACAACGACGGCGACCGCGAGUCUCUCAUCAUCCUUACCGGCCUGAAGUGCAUAUUCCAAAAGCAGCUGCCCAAGAUGCCCAAGGACUACAUCGCCCGCCUAGUCUAUGACCGAACCCAUCUCUCUAUCGCCAUCGUUAAGAAACCCUUGGAAGUAGUUGGCGGGAUUACCUACAGACCGUUCAAGGGACGCCGCUUUGCCGAAAUCGUAUUCUGCGCCAUCAGCUCCGACCAGCAGGUAAAGGGUUACGGUGCCCAUCUCAUGUCCCAUCUCAAGGACUACGUCAAGGCCACGAGCGACGUCAUGCACUUCCUCACAUACGCCGACAACUACGCCAUCGGCUAUUUCAAGAAGCAGGGCUUCACCAAGGAGAUCACACUCGACCGCAGCGUAUGGAUGGGCUACAUCAAGGAUUACGAGGGAGGAACUAUCAUGCAGUGCUCCAUGCUGCCUCGCAUCCGGUACCUCGAGAUGGGACGGAUGCUCCUCAAGCAAAAGGAAUGCGUCCAGGCUAAGAUCCGCGCAUAUUCAAAGUCACAUCUGGUCCACGCACCUCCCAAGGAGUGGAAGAACGGCAUCACCGAGAUCAACCCCCUCGACAUCCCGGCCAUCCGUGCGUCCGGAUGGUCGCCGGACAUGGACGAGCUGGCCCGCCAGCCCCGCCACGGCCCCAACUACAACCAACUCCUUCACCUCCUCAACGACCUGCAGAACCACAACGCCGCAUGGCCGUUCCUCGUCCCGGUCAAUCGCGACGAGGUGGCGGACUACUACGACGUCAUCAAGGAGCCCAUGGACCUCAGCACCAUGGAGAACAAGCUCGAGGCUGACCAGUACUCGACUCCCGAGGAUUUUAUCAGGGACGCGAGGCUGGUUUUCGAGAACUGCCGGAAAUACAACAACGAGAGCACGCCGUACGCCAAGUCGGCCAACAAGCUGGAGAAGUACAUGUGGCAGCAGAUCAAGGCUGUCCCCGAGUGGUCGCACCUGGAACCUGAGAAGUAG